CCUUUUUCCAACAAUCACAAAACUUAUCAAUAAUGACAUAACAUAUCAUCAUCUUUCAGUGACUUGCCAGAACACUGAUUUGAACAAAACUCUGCCACUAUGGACAACAACAUUCCGCGCAACACACCUGCGCUAUUGGCGCGAAUCGACCAACUCCGCAACAGCCUGAUCAAACGCUUCGAAAACUUAGUCGAGCAAGCAGCGAUUGAAAAGAAUGAUCGCAAUUCCACUGCUCUGAGCCAAUAUCAGUCGCAGAUUGAGACUGCUGCCUUGAUACGCACAAGCGAAGACAUCCUAACCCUCACACGCCAAAUGCAAGAACUGUGGUUGUUCGGCCAGCUUAAGACCUUGGACGCGAGCGACAUCCAGGGACGUAUCGAUGGAGAUGCUAAAGAGGUCGCUGAGAUGUUGGCCGUUCUUGUUGGUGGCAGUCAGGAGGACAACACCAUCAAAGUCGAGAACUGAGUGUUGUUCUUGUCUUCUCUCGGAAGUGCUACACGGUGAAGCAGAGGAUUGCCGGACACACGAAUGGCAGGAUCAUUUCGAGAUAAUUAAAGCAGUAGUUUUCUGCUCUUCGGAGAUUCUACUUAUCAUGUCCAUGGC